AUGGCUUAUUCGAUCACUGCUCUUGCGGCAGCAUUCUUCGCUGGCCUCAUCUUCUACAGAGUGUUCAUUUACCCAGUGUUUCUCUCCCCGUUGUCGAAAAUCCCCAACGUGCACUGGAGUGCUUCCAUCUCGCCUGCAUGGAUGUUAUGGAGGCGCUUCACAAGCCGAAAUAACCGGACAAUUCAGGCCGCACACGAGAGACUCGGUCCUAUCGUUAGGUUAGGACCAUCGGAGAUCUCGAUUAACUGUGUCGAUGGAGGAAUUAAGACAGUUUAUGCUGGUGGAUUUGAGAAGCAUGACUGGUACCCACGAGUCUUCGGGUCAUUUGGGACAGUGAUUUCAGACACAGUCAUCUUCGAUCGACUGCUGCCGAUUCUUCAAGAAGUGUCAAAGUCUGGCAAAUCCAUCGAUAUGCAUGAUCUAGACCAGGGCCUGACGAUGGAUUUCGUCUCCUCCUAUCUAUUCGGUUUGCAGAAUGGCACUAAUUACCUGCAAGACGAUUCGGUUCGUAAGCACUGGCUUCACCUUUACAUGUGCCGAAAGCCGUUCGAGUUUUAUGCCCAGGAGGUUCCAUAUUUGAAUGGAUGGCUGAGACGGAUCGGUCUUCGCGUGAUACCUAAAUACUGCGACGACGCCAAUGAAAUGCUUGAUGCUUGGGCUCUGGACCUAUGCGAUAGGGCAGAGCAGAUGAUUUCGUCGACCGAGCCAGGAAUCGAGCCAACUGUCUACAAGCAGCUGAAACAAUCUCUGGACAAGCAUUCCACAAAGAAUGGAGAAGCAAAGCCAGAUAAGGCCCAGCAACGACUCGAUAUUGCUUGCGAGAUGUACGACCAGCUGACUGCCGGCUUUGAAACAAGUGCUGUUGGUCUGACAUAUUUGUUCUGGCAACUCUCCCUACACCCAGAAGUGCAGAACAAGCUCCGAGAGGAGCUACUCACUCUGAAUCCCCCGAUUUUAUAUCCCAAGACAGCCGAUCUGCCACCAGCCAAGUCAAUCGAUAGCCUGCCACUGUUAGAAGCGAUCGUGACAGAGACCUUGAGACUUCAUGCUCCGAUCCCUGGCAUUCAGCCUCGGGUAACGCCAUCUCCCUCGUGCAUUUUGGCCGGCUAUGCAGACGUCCCACCUAACACUAGAGUGAAUGCGCAAGCGUAUUCACUGCACCGCAAUCCGGAAGUAUUCCCAGAGCCAGAAACCUGGCAGCCGAAGCGUUGGCUGGAAGCUGAAAACUCGCCGGCUGAUUUGGAAGAGAAACGGCGGUGGUUCUGGGCGUUUGGGAGUGGAGGACGUAUGUGCGUGGGAAGCAAUCUUGCACUGCAAGAAAUGAAAUUGGCCGUGGCUGCGAUUUACACCAACUUCCGCACCACGAUUGUCAACGAUGACAACAUCGAGGCCAUCGAUGCUUACACCGUGAAACCGACAGGUGAUAAACUGAUCCUCAAGUUCGAGUCUGUCUGA